GCUUAAGGAGGCGGGUGGAACGAUGCUUUCAAGACCGGUGCUGCGUCAAAAGUUUCGGUUCCAGCAGUUCCCCCUGGGGAGCAGUGGAUCCGCCGAGGCUUUGCAAAAAGGUGUUGCUCUGCGGAAACAUCGGGGAAAAUCUUUUUUUCGGCUUGUUCGUUUGAUUUAAACUUGUCCGAGGGUGGCCGGAAGGCAAGCGCCUCUGACUCAACAGCUUUGCGCCCCUCCCAAUUCAGCAGCCUUCAACGCCAAACACGGGACAAGGCGCAAACAGAGAGUAAGGAAACCGCGGGCGAGGAAGGGGGAUUUGAAGUCACCCAUGCGCGAUCGCUGGAGGCCCCUCCUGCCUGCCGGAGGAGCCAUAAAAAACCCUCGCCGAGGCGCGCAGCCCCACACUGGGAGAACGGAGCCAUUGGCGAGGAAGGCGGCCGAUAUCGAUCCGGGAGUAGCAGAACAAGCGAGAGUCUUACGUACCACAGAAGAUGCAGGGGACUAUGCGGUUGUGUCUGUCCAUGAUGACACUUGCCCUGUGCCUGCUGAUCUGUCUGGGAACAUUGGCAGAAGCAUAUCCCUCCAAACCAGACAGCCCUGGUGAAGAUGCGCCUGCAGAAGAUAUGGCCAGAUACUACUCGGCAUUGAGGCAUUACAUUAACCUCAUCACACGGCAAAGAUAUGGAAAACGAUCAAGCCCAGAGACACUGAUCUCCGAUCUUUUGUUGCGAGAAAGCACGGAAAACAUUCCUAGAUCUAGGUAUGAAGAUCCUGCAAUGUGGUGAUGGGAGUCACAGCCGACCUUCAGUCUUUUUUCCUAGUUUUCACUCCAUGUGCCAUAGGUAGAAGACCAGUUGGAGGUCCACCCACCAGUGCAUGCAGCCAUUGUACUGAAUUCUGUAGGUUCCCCCCCCCCUUCAUUAUCCUUGUACAUACAUUUAUUUAAAUAAAUUACUUGUGCACUCUAAAUGGUAACAUUUUAAUGCAAGAGGGUCACUAUAAUGAGUAGAGAUUUUUUAAGCUAUUAACAUUUAAUUUACAACUUC